AUGUUGUUCAAUCUUGCAAGGGCCAAGUUAGCACAAUGCACACCUGAUGGAGCAAGGGAUGUUAUGAACACAGGCCCACAACACUGGAGCAGGGCUUGGUUCAGGUUAGGAAGUUGUUGUGAUUCUGUGGACAACAACAUUUCUGAAACUUUUAACAAAUGGAUAGUUGAGGCUAGAUUAUAUCUGGUGAUAACAAUGUUCGAAACAAUUAGGCAACAAAUUAUGAUCAGGAUACAAGAAAUGAGAAGUGAAAUGGAAAGUUGGACUGGCAUCAUCUGUCCAAAAGUACUGAAGAAGCUACAGAAAAGCAUAGAUUAUUCUGCUUAUUGUCAUGCAAUUUUUAAUGGCAAUGAUGCAUAUGAAGUGAAGACAAGAGUACAUAGGUACACUGUCAGAUUGCAUGACAGGACAUGUAGUUGUAGGUAUUGGCAGUUGUCAGGCCUUCCUUGCUCGCAUGCCAUCAGCUGCAUACACUGCACUACAAACAAAUUGGAUGAUUACAUUGCUGAUUGCUACAGAGUGGAUAAUUUCAAAAAAACUUAUGCUUAUUGUCUGCAACCUCUUGAGGGAAGAGCUGCAUGGCCUGUGUCUCAGAGACCAAAACCAAAAGCACAUGGGCACAUCAAUAUGCCUGGUAGGAAAAAGAAGUGUAGAACAAGAGAAGAGGAAGAAAAACCAAAGACUAGCAAAGUUAGCAAGGUUGGCACAGUGAUCAAGUGUAGCUUGUGCAAGCAAAGUGGACACAACAAAACAACUUGCAAACAAAGAAAUGGAGUGCCUAGUGCUAGUGCUCCAUCUGCUUCUGCUCCUAGUGGUACUGCUCCACUUUCUGCUACGCCUAGUGCUCCUAGGGGAAGUGCUCGUCCACCAAGUGAAGCACCUGUUCUGAGUUCACAACAAAGCACUUCACACAAAAGAAGGGCCACAUGGAGAUGGCACCACCAAGACAAGCAAAGAGAAGGGCGCCAACUAAUAACAACAGUAGGUCAAAUAAUUUCUCUGGAAAUACCUUCAAUGUACAUGGAAGCUCGAAUGUGA